AUGUCGGACUCCGACCAGGUCACUGGCUUCACCUCCAUCCUGCAGUCCCCCGCCGGCCCCCCGCUCAUCCUCGUCUGCAUCGCCGGCGGCCUCUUCCUCGGCGCGUUCUGCGGCACAGUCAUCAUGCGCCGCUUCCGCCCCGACCUCAUCAUCCACCGCGUCGCCAACGACUCCAAGCGCGGCCCCGGCUUCGGCGACAAGCCCAAGCUGCUCGACAUGCACCUCCUCCCCGCCGCCGCGCCGAACGUUCGGUCAGGAAAGGCCAGCAGCAGCAGCCCCGCGUCCUGGGCCAGCCUUUCGGUGAGUGCACCCCCUUUGCCCCGGUUCCUGCGCCACGGCCCGCACCCCACGGGGAAAGGGCCCCCUCCUCUCCACCCCCCGCGACCACCCGAUCGCUUACCCCGCGCUUUCUCGCUGCGCAAAGCACUGCCCCGCAUAGGGCGUGCGCCGCGGGACCCAGAGGUGGCGGCGACGGCGGCGGAGAACCCGACGGUGCGCAAGGUGCAGCUCGCGGUCGCGCACACGAUGAUGAUUCUAGGCACGCACGCGAUCCCCAAAACACGACCCGCUCUCUCUCCCGCUUCCCCCGACUCCGCGCCUCCGAUCCACGACCCACGUUCUACUACGACGGGGGCAGACGAGGACCCGAUGCCGGACUGCUGCAUCGGCACGCUCGUCGUCACGUACCACCUCGACCCCGCCGACGUGGACGUCCCCCCUCCGCCCCCAGUCCCAUUGUCCGACACGUGA